AUGCCGCGCCUUAAGCGUUCUAACGUUAUCAUCAUCCAUCCAGAUCUGGGCAUCGGCGGCGCCGAACGGCUCAUCAUCGAUGCGGCACUCGCUCUCCAGAACCGCGGACACCGCGUAACGAUCUACACCUCCCACCGAGACAAAACGCAUUGUUUCGAGGAAGCGCGCGAUGGGACCCUCGAUGUUCGUGUCCGGGGAAAUACAGUGUUCCCCGCACAUGUGUGUGGGAGAUUACAUGUGCUGAUGGCGGUGUUGAGACAGCUACACCUGACGGUCUCAGUAUUGAAUGAGCUUGGGACCACGGUACCUGAGAAGGAGAAGAGUGAGGAUGUCGAAAUUGAAGAUGAUGUCUUUAUUGUGGACCAGGUCCCUGCUUGUGUCCCUGUUUUGAAGACGUUGGGUCCGCGAUGCGCUCCCCGCGCUUCGGGGAAGCAGCGCAUACUAUUCUACUGCCAUUUCCCGGACCAGCUGCUUGCGCGACGCGAUGAGAAAGCUACGGUUCUUCGACUCCUCAAGGGCUUAUAUCGGUAUCCGUUCGACUGGUUCGAAGGUUGGGCUAUGAGCGCGUCGGAUAAAGUCGUUGCGAAUUCCCGGUUUACGCGUGGAGUCGUGGGGAAGGUCUUGGGAUUCGAACGGCUGGGUGAUGUCAGGAUUAUAUACCCCUGUGUGGAUACGGAUCCUGCGCCCCAGGGAGGGAAGAAUGCGGGUGGGAAGCUGGCGGAAGAAGCCAUUGGGGAUAAUCUAUGGGGUGGGAAGAAGAUCCUAUUGAGUAUCAAUCGCUUCGAGAGAAAGAAGGAUCUAGCACUUGCGAUCCGAGCGUAUCAUGGCCUAGGGGAGGAAGCUAGGAAAGGAACUCGACUGGUAGUCGCUGGCGGUUACGACAAUCGGGUUCAAGAGAACGUACAAUAUCACAAGGAGCUUGACGAGCUGGCGAGUAGUCUGGGCCUCCAGACAGCAACGUCAAAGAGUGUUAUAUCUGCGCUCUCUGUUCCUGAUUCGAUAGACGUCCUUUUCCUCCUUUCCGUCCCUACAGCCUUCAGGGAUACCCUCCUGGCAAACGCCAAACUCCUUCUUUAUACCCCGACAAACGAACACUUUGGCAUUGUCCCUGUAGAAGCAAUGCACCAUGGCCUACCUGUCCUUGCGUCAAAUACCGGUGGGCCUCUCGAGACGAUCGUUGAAGGCGAAACGGGCUGGCUCCGGGACGCACAGGCGGUUGAUGAAUGGACGGCUGUCAUGAAAAAGGUUUUGUUCGAACUGAGUCCGGAGGACUUGGAGAGAAUAUCCAUUCAGAGUAAACAGCGUGUGCAGAAAGAGUUCUCUCUCACAGCUAUGGGAGACCGUCUGGAAGACGAGAUUUCUGACAUGCUUAAUGCAGAGAGGCGGCCCUUUAGUGGACUGCAGCAUCUGCUGUUGGUCUUCGUUUUGUCUGGAGUUCUGGUGUCUAUGCUUGCUGCUGCCGCGUUGAAGGCGCUUUUCGACCGCGGGUCGAAACCACCAGCAGAGAUGCCAGAGGUCAUUGAUCUGGUCUCUUCGCCUCCUCCACAACCGCCAAAUAGUGUGCAGAAACGGUCUCACCCUACCCCCGCGCCUCCGCCAUCGGCCGUACUACCUGCGAGUUCCCAGAAUUUCUUAUCUAGCGAUUUCGACCCCGCGGUAUUCAACUACGACGAUAUUGAACCGGAGAAGCCUUCGACCAAGAGACUCCGGCUAACCCCAGGAAUCGGAGAGAUCUCCCCAGCGAAGGGGAAUGAUCCGACGAGUCCCCCGCCAGCGGCGAAUAGCUCAAUAUACAACAUCUUCUCCGACGACGAUGCGGCGUUACUACCUCCUACGAAGCACAAGGACGCCGGUCCUGCUACUAAGACAUAUCGUUGGAAUGGGGAAGAGUCAGAUCCUAUAGUCUUCACGUCUUCUGCGCCGGAGCCAACGCGUUCGGGGACAGGACGGAAAGUGACUACGGUCAGUAGGACUACAGCAAAGACGACCAUUACGAUUGACGAUGACGAUGAUGCUAUUGAGGAAUUCACGGACCCGGCUUCGUUAUUCGAUGGUCUGUUGAAUAUCGAGCCACCGCCUCUGUCGCGCGGGCUUUCGGAUCGUACGGCGAAUUUGUUGGCUAGUCUUGGCAAUCGCUCCUCGAAAGCUGAUGAUGGCAAAAGUUCACGGGAAGUGAGAAAUAGCAAGAAAAAGACAGACGGUGUAUCUGAUGAUGAGAUCUCUGAUGUCGACGUCGCACCCGCCCCCAGGAAGCCGAGGAAGACGGGCAAAACUACGGCGGCCGACAAGGAAGCCAAAGAAGCCAAAGCGCGCGAACGAGCAGCAGCCAAAGCCCAACGGGACCGGGAACGCGAGGAGGAAAAGGCAAGAAAGCAGAAGUUGAAAGAGGAUAAAGCGAAGGAGAAACAGCUAGCUGCGGAUCUUGCGGAAGUGAACAAGUUGAAGGUAGACAAGGGGGUCUCGGCACCGGAGAUGAUUGUGGAUCUCUCGUCGUCUUUUGAGGAUACCAGUAUCGGGAACCAGGUCAAGGAGUACAUGAAGCGCCUCAACGUCGAAUGCAACUAUUUUACCAGCUCAAUCCCUGGUAUGGUCAAAUGGCGACGAAAGGUCGUGGCUAGGUUCAACGAGGAGCUUGGCUAUUGGGAGCCAUGUCCUAACUACAUUGGAGAGGAACAACAUGUCCUGUGUCUGUUAUCAGCGCAAGAAUUCGCGGAUAUGGUGAUCGCAGAACCAGACUCGGAUAAUACUCUGCAGCUACACGUCCUCAGGAUUAAGAGCGCGUAUCCUGACUGCAAACCAAUCUAUAUGAUUGAGGGUCUCACCGCUUGGAUGCGAAAGAAUCAGAACACGCGGAACAGGGCAUUCCAGGCAGAAGUGCUUCGCGAGUUCUCCGAGUCAAAUUCUCAACCACCCUCGGGGACACAAUCCCGCAGGAAAGCCAGAAAGCCAGAAACCACGCCCCCGGUCGACGACGACGUGAUCGAAGACGCCCUUCUCGAACUGCAAGUCACACAUUCAUGCCUCAUCCAUCACACAGCAGCAGCGCCAGAAUCAGCCGAAUGGAUCAAAACCUUCACUGAGCACAUCUCCACGAUCCCCUACAGACGUGAACGGAUGGACGUCAAUGAUUCCGGGUUCUGCAUGGACGUAGGACAGGUGAAAACCGGCGAAGAUAAAUCAGACACCUUCGUCAAGAUGCUUCAAGAGGUCACCCGCGUCACGGCACCUAUGGCUUACGGUAUCGCAACCAAAUACCCCAGCGUAGUGGACCUUGUUCGCGGAAUGAGAUCUCACGGACCGACCAUGCUCGAAAACGUAAAGAAAUCAGCAAAUAAAAACGGCGCCUUGACAGAGACCCGCAUCGGCCCUGCCGUCAGUAGACGUCUCUAUAAAGUCUUCAUGGGCCGCGACCCUUCUUCUACUGACAUAUGA